UUCGAGUGAUUUCCCCGUCUUCCUCAUAAAGUAGCGUUUUCUCCUCGGUUGUUCGGUGAACCCUUUAAGCGCUCGUAUGACCGGCAUUCUGCUUUCUAUAGAAUCGAAUGACGACGGAAUCUGGUCAACCCUCUGGUUCCAAACCCUCCGACGAUGUCUGGGCCAAACUCGUUCCUCUGGAUACCAGAUUCUCAGAUAUUGAGAUAAGAUGCAAUGAUGUGGUUAUAUGCUCUGAGAUUAAAUCGUCUUCUGUUGAAAAGUAUGAAUGGUGCAGAAUAACGAGGAAUUUGGAUCAGCAGUCUGCUACCAUUCAAAAUAGAAGUUUGGAUGCAAUAGUUGUUGAUGAGUCUACUGUUCUGAAAGAUGGAGCUGUUGAAAUAAGAUGUGGAUCUGAAAUCGUUCCUGGCCCUGGCCGAGAAGGUUACUUGAGGUAUAGAUUCACGACAAUGCCUGGUUUAGAAUCAAGAAACCAACUGUUGAAGAUUUCCAUAGACCCUGAGCAUGCAAAGUGCAGUAUCUGUUUAAACAUAUGGCAUGACGUCGUCACAGCUGCACCUUGCCUUCAUAAUUUCUGUAACGGCUGUUUUUCAGAAUGGUUGAGGAGAUCAAAGGAAAAACAUUCAAAGGUGUUGUGUCCACAGUGUAGAGCAGUAGUACAAUUUGUGGGGAGAAACCAUUUUCUAAAUAACAUUCGAAAGGACAUACUAGAAGCUGAUCCUUCAUUGAAACGUCCAGAUGAUGAGAUUGCAGUAUUAGAAUCGUCUGCAUCGAUACGAUCGAAUCUCAUUAUUCAGAAUGAGAGAAAGCAACGUCAGAAAAGGCCGCUUUCCCCUGCACGUGAGGAAAUGGAGAAUGGACAAUGUCCUCAAUGUGUUAAUUCUAUAGGUGGUUACCACUGUGACCCCAACACCGUCCAUCUUCAAUGCCAAUUGUGCGGAGGAAUGAUGCCCUCUAGAACCAAUCUCCAAGUUCCACAGCAUUGUAUGGGAUGCGAUAGGUCAUUUUGUGGUGCUUACUGGAGGCUGCAAGGUGUUAUCCAUGGUGAUUUACCUGCGAUUUGCCGGCCUGAAGCUUUCAAACCUAUUUCAGAACAUACAAUCACAGGGAUUCCAUUCAUAACCCACGAAAUGAAUCGGCAUGAGCAAGAUAUUACACUGAGAUGCAUCGAUCGGAUGGGAAGAACGGUGCAGGAUGUUGUAGCAGAGUGGGUCCGGAAACUGAACAACAGAGAGAUUGACCGUACAAGAAUGCCUCUCAAUCAUGCCGAGAUGAUAACCUCUGCAACACAUGUCUGCAGCGAUUGUUACAACAAACUGGUCUCAUUCCUUCUGUACUGGUUCCGGAUAUCCACGCCCAGACACUGUCUUCCGGCGGACGCAGCGCAGAGGGAAGACUGCUGGUACGGACACACAUGUCGGACACAGCACCACAACGAAGAGCAUGCUCGUAAACGGAACCAUGUUUGUCGUCCCACCCGAGGCUCUCAACCCUAAUAUCUCCUGUGCUCGCGAGCUCUGCGCGUUAAAUGAUGAACCGACGUAUCAGCUUCAAUUUUGUGUUUUGUGAUGGACCCUUUUUUUAUAUAAAAAAAAAAUGGAACAGCUUGUCUUGGAGUCCGAACAUCGAAAGCAUUUCUGUGUUUCUCUUUCAUGAA